CAUGCGAGAACAUAGAGAGAUCGUGAGAGAAGAAGAAGAGAACUUUGAUCUUGUGAGAACAUGGCUGCUUCAGUGAUGCUUUCAUCAGUUACAUUGAAACCGGCAGGUUUCACGGUGGAGAAGAUGUCGGCGAGAGGAUUACCGUCGCUCACAAGAGCUUCUCCAUCUUCCUUCAAAAUCGUCGCGAGUGGCGUCAAGAAGAUCAAGACAGACAAGCCCUUUGGAGUUAACGGCAGCAUGGACUUGAGGGACGGCGUCGACGCCUCCGGCAGAAAGGGAAAGGGAUACGGUGUUUACAAAUUCGUUGACAAGUACGGUGCUAACGUCGAUGGAUACAGUCCUAUCUACAACGAGGACGAGUGGUCAGCGAGUGGUGACGUGUACAAGGGAGGAGUCACCGGUUUGGCUAUUUGGGCGGUGACACUCGCCGGAAUUCUAGCUGGAGGAGCUCUUCUUGUGUACAACACAAGUGCUUUGGUUCAGUAAAGUCUUAAAACUGUGUUUAACUUAUGUGUUGUCGUGUUUCUCUAUAUGUUCUAGUGUCAGUGUUCUCUUCUAUGUAAUGUUGUUAAGAAUCUAAGAACAUACUUUCAAUAUAUAAUAACUCUAGUGUUUGUUUGUAUGUAACUUGAAUACAACAUGUUUAUAGACAAGCUUAUAGAGUUUUAAAUGAUGAGAGUUGAAAAAAGAAGAUGGGUUUUGGUCUCUAGGCUUCAGUUUAGACUGAUUAGAAAUCAUCAAGCGGGUCGUCAUCGUCUUAUAGUUUUUUUCUUGUUUCAACUGGAUAUUUGAUAUGUAAAUGAAAACCUCAGCAUCGUGUGUCUUGUUCAUAUCGAUCUAGAAUAUGUUUAACAAAAGACAUGAAUCCUCG